CGCCCCCAUGGAGAGGCCUCCCCGCGGUUGGGAGCACCCCCGUAACGAAGGGGCUCUCCCUCCCUUUGGCAGAGGCCUGGAGCCGAACAGGGUAUAGGGUUACAGCCUGUGUUGGACGGGGUCGCACUUCCCCUGAAGGCGCAGGUGCGCAGUCUGGCAGUGAUCCUAGACUCGUCGUUGAGCCUGGAGCCCAGGUCUCAGCGGUGGCCAGGGGAGCCUUCGCACAGGUAAAACUCGUGUGCCAGCUGCGACCGUACCUUGGGAAGCCGGACUUGGCCACGGUGGUCCACGCUCUCGUUACAUCCCGUUUAGACUACUGCAACGCACUUUAUGUGGGGCUGCCUUUGAAGACUGUUCGGAAGCUUCAAUUAGUCCAACGGGAGGGAGGCUGCCAGGUUAAUAACUGGGGCGGCGUUCAGGGAGCGCACUACUCCUCUGUUACACCAGCUCCACUGGCCGCCGAUUAGCUACCGAGCACAAUUCAAGGUGCUGGCUUUAGCCUACCCUGUUUCCCCUAAAAUAAGACAUCCCCGGAAAAUAAGACCUAGUAGAGGUUUUGCUGAAUUGCUAAAUAUAAGGCCUUCCCUGAAAGUAAGACCUAGCAAAGUUUGUGUUUGGAAGCAUGCCCAACGAACAGAACACCAGAGCAUGCAGGAUUGGUAAAUGUACGUACCAUAGAGCGUUGUACAUGGAAAUAAUGGUAGUAACAAGAAAUUCUUGAUAGGAUUCACAGUUUGUCUGGUUAUGCUGGUUUGUGAUGACAACUACUGUACAGUAUAUAAUAAAUGUUCAUUUUUUUUGUUCAACAAUAAAUGUGAAUUCUUCUUCAUGGAAAAAUAAGACAUCCCCUGAAAAUAAGACCUAGCACAUCUCUGGGAGCAAAAAUUAAUAUAAGACACUGUCUUAUUUUCAGGGAAACACGGUAUAAAGCUCUAAACGGUUCCGGCCCAGCUUAUUUCUCCGAACGUGUCUCCCGCUAUGACCCACCUCGGAGCUUAAGAUCAUCAGAUGAGGCCCUGCUCACGGUCCCGUCAGCCUCACAGGUGCGGCUGGCGGGGACGAGAGACAGGGCCUUUUCGGUAGUGACUCUCCGCCUAUGGAACACCCUCCCCAGUGAAGUCAGGCAGGCUCCCUCCCUCCUAUCCUUCCGUAGGAAGGUUAAAACUUGGUUAUGGGGCCAGGCUUUUGAAUAAUAAUUGGCAGCGUUAAUUAUUAUCAUGUACGCUGAACUCAGUCAACAGACCCAGGUUUUUUUUUUAAAUAAUGUGUAAUCUAAUCUCACAUAUCUACACUGUACAUUUUAUGAUGUGUUUUUAUCAGUUAUAAUUUUUAACUAUUUUAUAUUGUACUGUAUAAUUUUUAUAUAUGCGUUUUAUUGUAAGCUGCCCUGAGUCCCCUGUUGGGUGAGAAGGGCAGGAUAUAAAUAUUGUAAUAAAUAAAUAAAAUAAAUAAAUUAUCCAUGCUUUUCUGUAUCUACAUGAAGCCACUGGGUGAGGUUAUCCGGAGUUUUGGAUUUGGGUGCCAUCUCUAUGCAGAUGACACACAAUUCUACUACUCUUUUCCAUCUAAAUCCAAGUAAGCUCCCUGGAUCCUGGACCAGUAUAUUUCUGCCACUUCUGUGACUGAUGCUAUUGUUGUUAUUAUUAUUAUUAUAUUGAGAAGAUGUGUCAGAACACAGACGCCUCAGAAAGCCACACACUCAAUUAACAAUAUAAACAAAAGGUUUAUUGUCACUCAAAACAGGCUCAGAAACACUUUACUGCAGUGUCUCUGACCAAAACUCAAAAUAUAAACCCAAACCGGGCUAAAAAGGAAGAAUGGAAAAUAAUCCGGAUUAUAUAGGAGAAUAAUCUGGAUUUAAUGCAGUCAACAGAACCGGCAACAAACAGCGCUUGAAGCAGCCUCCCAAGAGGCAGCGCUGUACUCAAAGGAAAGCGAAACUUGUCAAAGUUCAAAAGACAAAAGAAGCAGAUUAGCGGCGUCCUCAGGAUGUCUUUUCAAACCGCUGUUGAGUCAGCCAGGAGCCAGGAGAGAGAAUGCCACCCAGACAACAGCCACUCCAAGGCAGUUCUCAGAAGAGAGUAAUCCAAACCGGAGUGGAGACAGUCAGGAAGGGAGAAACUGCAAUCCCGAUUAGCCAAACCAAGCGUUGUUACCGGAGGUCAUCAAACAGGAUCGAAGUUGACAGUCCAGAGGUCCAGGGAAGGAGAAAGCUGCAAACAUGAUUAGCCAAUCCAAACGUUGUUACCGGAGGUCGUCAAACAAAGCCGAAGUCACCAGUCCAAAAGUCCAGGGAAGGAGAAAGCUGCAAACACAAUAGUCCAAUCUGAAUCCAAGAAACACAGGAACCAGGAACGCCAAGCUGUAGAGCCAGGACCCAAAGCCCAACAGGAAAACACAGGCAGGGACAAACCAACGCCAAAAAAGACACUUUGUCUUCUGCAAAGAAUCCCCACUUUAGACCUUAUUUUUAUCUUACACAUCAUCAUCAUCAUAAGAUGAGCUGGUCUCCACAUCAUCAUCAUCCCCCACAGCUGUUCCUGUCGUUACACGUGGACCUCGCCCAUCAUCCCUCCAACUCUUCCAUCUUCUGUCAAGACUUGGGUCUCCCCAUGCCCCGGGUGUAUCAGCUGCUUGCCAAUCGUCCUGCCCCGAAAAUCCCACAAAUGUAUCACCAGAAGUUAACUCUGCAAACACAUCCCUCAUGUCCUGAACCCUAGUCCAGUCUGAUGUGCCCUCCACAUUUUCAUCACUCCCAGACCCAUCAUCCCCAGAGGAACCCAAAACCGACUCAUAUUCUAUGGGAGCAGUAAGUGUAUCCCGGAGCUUCUUUCUCUCUCUUUCCUCAUCUGAUUCCUGCUCCCGAGUAACCCUUUUAGUUCCUCUAUUCAUAUCCAUUCCGUCUCCCUCUUCAAUCAUUGACUCUUCAUCACUUGAAAACCCUUCAAACGUGUCUUCUUCAGACAGUGCCAUAAGUAUCUCCUGAAUACGUUUCCUUUGUUGUUCCUCAUCAGGCAGCUGCUCAAUAUUACCCCGUUUCCUCCUACUAGUCCUUUUACUACCGUUUGUAAUAUUGCCAGCUGGCUCAACUACAACAGGGUGUCCAUCUUGGAUAUUGGGAGAAGGGCUUUAUUAAGAAGUUCGCCAUCUUAGAUACUAGCAGGGGGCUAUAUUGAGAGGGCGGUCCUCUUGGAUAUUGGGAAUGGUUGGCCAUCUUAGAUAUCGGCCAAGUAGGAUAUUAGUAAACAUUCAUUGAGAAGCCUGUUGUUGGGAUUCACUAAGUAGUCGGCCAUCUUGGAUAUUGGGAGAAUGAAGGAUCCAUGGAGAGGGCAGCCAUCUCAGAUAUUCGGAGACAUUAAUAAGUUAACCAUCUUGGAUAUUAGGGAAAGGCAGCCAUCUUGGAUUUUGGGAUAAGAAAUAUGGAGAGAGAAGCCAUCUUGAAUAUUGAGAGAGGAAGGGAUAGAUUAAUAAGUCUGGUUUUCCUCUCAUUUGUCUGGCAGGUAACCUCUAAACACACCUUGAGAAGAACAACCUUUGAGAGCUUUGCCCUAACGAUGCCAUAGGACUGAAAUGAAGGCUCACUGCACUGGCAAGAAUAAGGUAUAAGUAAGAGAAAGACAUAUUUCAAGCAACAUACUUGAAGGAAACGGGAGAUUGUGCUGUUAAAAGAGAGGUUUGGGUACGAGAUCAGAAGGCUACGAAAUACAAAGACUGAGAAGAGGAAAUCCUGUGCUGUUCAGGAGUUCAUAUCUGUGAACCUCUGGCAUAAUAUCAGAAUCAUAAAUCUAAAACAAUGGAAAACCUUCAUCCCCAUUCCACAUCACAUAUAGAGGAGAAGCUGCAUAAGUGUAUGGACUGUGGGAAAUGUUUCAUGUGGAGAAGUUCUCUUACUACACAUCAACAAACUCACACAGGAGAGAAGCCAUACACAUGCAUGGAAUGUGGAAAGAGCUUCAGUCAGAGUGCACAGUGGAGUUCCCAUCAAAGGACCCACACAGGAGAGAAGCCAUAUACAUGCAUGGAAUGUGGAAAGAACUUCAGUUGGAGUAGCAAUCUGCUUUCCCAUCAAAGAACUCACACAGGGGAGAAGCCAUAUACUUGCAUGGAAUGUGGAAAGAGCUUCAGUCGCAGUGACAUUCUGCGUUCCCAUCAAAGAACCCACACAGGGGAGAAGCCAUAUACAUGCAUGGAAUGUGGAAAGAGCUUCAGCCACAGUGGGGAUCUGCAUUCCCAUCAAAGGAUCCACACCGGGGAGAAGCCGUAUCAAUGCAUAGAAUGUGGAAAGAGCUUCAGUCACAGAGAAGCUCUGCGUUCCCACCAAAGGACCCACAUAGGGGAGAAGCCGUAUCAAUGCAUGGAAUGUGGAAAGAGCUUCAUCCAGAGCGGACAGCUGCAUACCCACGAAAGGACACACACAGGAGAGAAGCCACAUAAGUGCAUACAAUGUGGAAAGAGCUUCAGUCAGAUUGGAAAUCUGCGUUCCCAUCAAAGAACCCACACAGGGGAGAAGCCAUAUACAUGCAUGGAAUGUGGAGAGAACUUCAGUCGGAUUGGACAUCUGCAUUCCCAUCAAAGAACCCACACCGGGGAGAAGCCAUAUCAAUGCAAGGAAUGUGGAAAGAGCUUCGGUCGAAGGGACAUUCUGCACUUCCAUCAAAGAACCCACACGGGGGAGAAGCCAUAUCAAUGCAUGGAAUGUGAAAAGAGCUUCAGUCAGAGUGGACAGCUGCGUCGCCAUCAAAGGACCCACACAGGGGAGAAGCCACAUAAGUGCAUGGAAUGUGGAAAGAGCUUCAGCCAAAGUGGAGUUCUGCGUUUCCAUCAAAGGACUCACACAGGGGAGAAGCCAUAUACAUGCAUGGAAUGUGGAGAGAACUUCAGUUGGAGUGGCAAUCUGCGUUCCCAUCAAAGAACUCACACAGGGGAGAAGCCGUUUCAAUGCAUGGAAUGUGGAAAGAGCUUCAGUCACAGUGGAGGUCUGCGUUCCCAUCAAAGGACCCACACAGGGGAGAAGCUGUAUCAAUGCAUGGAAUGUGGAAAGAGCUUCGGUCAGAGGGGAAAUCUGGUUACCCAUCAGAGGAUUCACACAGGAGAGAAGCCAUAUACAUGCAUGGAAUGUGGAAAGAGUUUCAGUUGGAGUGGAAAUCUGCGUUCCCAUCAAAGAACCCACACAGGGGAGAAGCCGUAUAAAUGCAUGGACUGUGGAAAGAGUUUCAGCCGGAAUGACCAUCUGCGUUUCCAUCAAAGGACCCACACAGGGGAGAAGCCAUAUACAUGCAUGGAAUGUGGAGAGAACUUCAGUCGGAGUGGAAAUCUGCGUUCCCAUCUAAGAACCCACACAGGGGAGAAGCCGUAUCAAUGCAUGGAAUGCGGAAAGAGUUUCAGUCACAGUGGAGUUCUGCGUUCCCACCAAAGGACCCACACAGGGGAGAAGCCGUAUCAGUGCAUGGAAUGUGCAGAGAACUUUAGUCGGAGAGACCUUCUGCGUUCUCAUCAAAGGACCCACACAGGGGAGAAGCCGUAUCAAUGCAUGGAAUGUGGAAAGAGCUUCAGUCACAGUGGGUCUCUUUUCAGUCACAGUGGAGUUCUGCGUUCCCACCAAAGGACCCACACAGGGGAGAAGCCGUAUCAAUGCAUGGAAUGCGCAAAGAACUUUAGUCGGAGUGACCUUCUGCGUUCCCAUCAAAGGACCCACACAGGGGAAAAGCCGUAUCAAUGCUUGGAAUGUGGAAAGAGCUUCAGUCGGAGUGACAAUCUGCUUUCCCAUCAAAGGACUCACACAGGAGAGAAGCCGUAUCAAUGCAUCGAAUGUGGAAAGAGCUUCAGUCACAGUAGAGCUCUGCGUUCCCACCAAAGGACCCACACAGGGGAAAAGCCGUAUCAAUGCAUUGACUGUGGAAAGAGCUUCAGUCAGAGUGUACUUCUUCAUUCCCAUGAAAGGACCCACACAGGGGAGAAGCCGUAUCAAUGCAUGUUAUGUGGAAAGAGCUUCAGUUGGAGUGGAAAUCUGCGUUCCCAUCAAAGGACCCACACAGGGGAGAAGCCGUAUCAAUGCAUGGAAUGUGGAAAGAGCUUCAGUUUGGGCGGACAGCUUCGUUCCCAUCAUAGGAUCCACACAGGGGAGAAGCCUUAUCAGUGCACUGGAUGUGGAAAGAGCUUCAGUUUGAGUGGACAGCUUCGUUCCCAUCAAAGGACCCACACAGGGGAGAAGCCGUAUCAAUGCAUGGAAUGUGGAAAGAGUUUCAGUCGGAGGGAAUAUCUGCAUUCCCAUCAAAGGAUCCACACACAGUUAGACGACAAGAAAUCCCCCAGAGAAGUGUCCCAUCCUUCCAUAAGCAGGCAACAAAUGGAGAAUGAAAGUACAGAGGAAGGCCACCACCUUGUGGGUGCAGAUGAUUGGCCAAAACAGGGGGUCAUUGUGUGGCAAUAGAUUAAGCGCUCCUUUGCUCUGCUUGUGUUUGCUCCGCCAAAACUUCGCAAAAAGAAAGGGAUGGAAUGAGGGAGACGUUUUAGAUGGGAGUUUUCAGGGGUGUUUCCAAUCGCUGUAAGUCACAUAUGUCCAGAUAUACUGCGUUAUAUGCCUACUUUUGCAGAAGGCCUUUGUUUGCAGAAAGCUCUGACAGUCUGGGAAAACAUUGGAAGUUACUUUGGGAGAGGAAGUACAUCAGCACAGAACUGGUUAGCUCGUACUCCCUCAGUUUCCCAGCCGUUUGGAGUUAUGCUUGCAACAGAGGAACGGAUAAGAUUCAUUAAGACAGCCGUAAUGGUCGGAGAACAAUAGACUAGAGUUGUGCCAUUGUUUGAGGCAUCCCGUGUGCCUGCCUUCCUGCCUGUUAGAGUUAUAGAAAGCCAAUGGAAAUGCCGGUGACUUAAUCGACUUUAGACCAAUGGCUUAAUUGAUCUUAGAACACCAAUGAGAACAUGCUUUCAGUUUUCUGUGAAAAUGAUAAAGCCGUGCAACCCAUUUCAGGCGCCGGCAAAACCCCUGUGAUUGCAUUGUACGGUGUUCCCUCGCUACUUCGCGGUUCCCUUUUCGCUCCCUCGCUGUUUCGCGGGUUUUCAAUUUAUAUUAAUGUACACAUUUAUCAUGGUAUUUUCGUGGGUUUUUGAGGUGUGCAAAGGGUUUUGGAAGGGGGGAAAGGGAGAAAUAAAGGGAGAGGGGGGAGGGGAGGGUUGGAAAUAAAAAGGGUUAUUUAGCUUCCAUUCUUCUCUGCUGGUGUAUUGUAUAUUGUAACUGCUAGAAUAAAGUACAGACUGCAUUGUA